UCUUUAUUAUGACUUCACUCUCUUUUGGCAGGAAACCAUUUUCUUUGUGGCCGUGUUUUGGCUUUUUCAUGCAGCCUCUUCUUCCCUCCUCAUCCCUGCUCCCCUAGCCAGGAAAUCCCAUCCUUCUCUUCUAGUUUUAGCCAAGGGAAUAUGUUGUUUAUCUUCUCAGCUUCUUUGUCCCACGGGCCCCCCUGCAACUACAGUUUCUAUUCCUGCCUGGCUCAGCUCAGCCCUUCUGCCCUCUGACACAGAGAGAACCAUGCAGCUUAGUGUUUGAAGGAAGAAGGGUCUUUAGGACAAGCCGUUAUAAACCAAGAAUGUGUUUGCUCUGCAUGGUCACUAGAACCCCUGGCACUUCUCUAAGAGGAGGGGCUUGCCCUGUUGUCCUUGGGCACAAGUUUCACUUGCCCUUUUGUGCCUUGGCUGCCUGCCAUCCCCUUCAGCUGUGCUGUAUAAAUGUAGUUAUGAAGCACUGUGGGAUGAAAGGUGCUGUAUAAAUGUAAACUGUUCUCAUUAGCCCUUGUUGAGAGAUCUGCUGCCUGUGCCUUCGUUUUUCCCUUUACCACCACCACACUUUGUGUAUUGUUUCAGCAAGGUGCUGACAAGGAGUCAGAACCAGGACUAAUACCCUAAUCCUACCAUUGACUUGCUGUGUGAUCUUGGGUGCAGGCAGAAAAGCAAGAAGCAACCUGGCAAAGGAGAGAUUCCCAUGAUCCCAUCCUCAGUUCAGAUGUGAAGAUCUCAUCAAUCAUCACAGUCCCUCUCGCAUGCUGUCAGCCUUAUGCUGAACCACUUUUCCAGCUGUGCCUAUUAGACAGAUGUGAUUUCCCCUUUGGAAGCAAAAUUAGCUUUAUCUCCACGUUACAGAACAGUGUUGGGAAUCCUGCUCACCUGAGGAGCUGCAGGAAAAAGUUCUAGGAGUGCUUCUGAUUGCUGCUGUCCUUGGGUCCCUGCCUGCCAGUCACUAUGUACUGCCUUCAGUGGUUACUGCCUGUCCUCCUCAUUCCUAAGCCCCUCAACCCGGCUUUGUGGUUCAGUCACUCAAUGUUCAUGGGCUUCUAUCUGCUGAGUUUCCUCCUGGAGCGGAAGCCAUGCACAAUCUGUGCCUUGGUCUUCCUGGCAGCCUUGUUCCUCAUCUGCUACAGCUGCUGGGGGAACUGCUUCUUGUAUCACUGCAGUGGCUCCCAACUGCCUGAGUCUGCUCAUGAUCCCAGCAUAGUCGGUACCUAAAAGUUCCUCCAGCUUGCUGACAGCUCUGGGUUUGCUUUUAAAGAGGGGCGUUGGGUGAGGUUGGGAGCGGGGGGAGGGAGGGCUUGCUAGGCAUGUGACUGGAGUACAAGCAGCCUGUUUUCUAUAAUGUGUGUGGACUACAGCGGCAAAUUCCUGACCAGCCCUCCCACUUUGCCUAUGAAAUUUGAUGUCAGUUGUUUACUGUGUGAAUUCUGGCACUGCUACCUGCUUUUAGAAGCAGAAGAGUUAUAUGUUUUCCCUUCCCUUAUUUCUGGGAAUGGACACUGGCCCUCCCCUCUGAGAAGUGGUGGAAGAAGGAUCUGUCCAGCUGUUGUGUUGUGGUCAUCUGUGUGUCUCUCUCAAUUGUCUGUAUAAGGCCACAGCUGUCUCUGUGGGAGCCUUGGGCCCACCAAUUCUGCUGAAGCAGUUAGAAGAUUCUCCAUGUUGCUGUUUGCGGGGAGAUAGUCUUCAUUGCACUGCUGUUCAAGGGGACGUGCAACAGUUAACAGAUGCACUCAGCUGAAAGCUGCUGGAGCCAGAGACUGCUGAGUUAUCUCCUCCUGCCAAAUUGAAAGACGUGCACUGCCCAAGUGCUUUCUGAACUGCUUGCAUUCUCCCAGAUCAUAACUGAAAAAACGUUGAGUUGCCACGAUGCUGCUUUUAAAGCGCUUCUCACAGGCAUCAAAGCCUGCCUCCCUCUCUGCUGGAUUUCCAGUUUACAGAGGUCUUGACUCUUUGGAUACAAAGCAUGCUCUGCUGUGGUGUUUGGGGUUGUUUUAAUUUCACUGUUAGUUUAAAACUGUCAGCAUUCCUAGCUGGAAUGAUGAGGUGAGAGCAGGGAGGGAGGAUUCAGAGUUUUUAGUAAGCAUGAUGUGGGGUGGUUCAAAAUAACAAAUGGUUGUAUCCAUUUAACUGACAGUGUUUGCAGGCCAGGACUGUCUGUGCAUUUUCUUUUGUCCCAAGCAACCCAGCCGCUGGUAAUGUGCAAUGGAGGGAGGGAGCAAUAAAUGGUUAGGGAGCAGUCCUGGGAUCUCUAUUCGCUCCUGGCAGGCUGGUUUGGGGGAGCCUAGGGGAGGUUUCCCUAGUGGCACUUGCUGUACAGCUUUCUUUCCUGCUCAUCUGCUCCAGUGCAUAGCAGCAUCUUCCAGAGGGAACGGUGUUCCUUGCUGUGACAAAUGUUUGCUUGUGAAAAACUUAACCGGUUCUUGAAAUACACUGGGUCUAUAAACUUUCAAGGUUAUGUUGCUGUCUGCCAUCCAUUUGUCUCCACACAAGCGUCUCCUACUGGAGCGCUGCAGAGAUGGUUGCUGCUCUCUCAAGGGAGGUUAAAACUAAAACCAGCUGUGAAACUUCCAGAGCAUUGUAUUGUUUGUUCACUGCACAGCUGUUCAAUAAAGCUUUAUAAACUUUGGUCUA